GAAACGAUACUAUCGAGUAUCAGCAAGUAACCAAUCUCCCCGACCUCAAGCCACCCCGACAUUCACCAAUGGCCCCCACCAAAAAAUCCAAGGCAACCAAGUCCACCGAGUCCAUCGCGGCUCGUCUUGCCCUUGUUGUAAAAUCGGGAAAAUACUCCCUUGGGUACAAAUCAGCGCUCAAGCAGAUGCGCAGCGGCAAGGCCAAACUUGUUUUGAUCGCUGGAAAUUGCCCACCUCUGCGCAAGUCUGAACUCGAGUACUACGCCAUGUUGUCCAAGACGACUGUGCACCACUUUGCUGGUACUAAUGUUGCUCUUGGAACCGCUGCUGGAAAGCUCUUCCGUGUCGGUGUCAUGACCGUUUCCGACCAGGGUGACAGUGACCUCCUCAACUUUGCUGAGGGUAACGCUGCAUAAAAUCAUCAAUUACUACGGGAGGGGAGAGUUAGUUGGUCUUAUGUCCAUCCCAUGAACUUAGGCAAUACCAUGCAAAGAUUGGCCUCAUCGUCGAUGUACCUCCAUAUAUACUAUGAUCACACUACACACUCGCACAUGUUUGAGCUACUUGCUUAUCUUGACGUUUGAGGUUGACAAUAAGAAAGCCACGACUUAAAC